UGAAAUCAUGACUUUUUCCAUUUUUCUGGCAGAUUGCUCGAAUGAGUCUAGCUUGCAUCUGACAACCGUUCACAUUGCACUUGUGUAGCAUCUCAUUGGAGUGCGGGAUGCGAGCUGUGGUCAACCCAUGGAACGCAGAGAUGCUCCCGCAUCCCCGACCCAAAGUAUGAAUAUCGAUCGAACCGUUGUGAACCGUUGACGAUGGCGUCGGGGAGGGCUCGGGUCUACUCGGUCUGACUUUGUGGUCUAGACUCUUUCAGCUUCAUAUCACAUCAAAUUCGAGGAUACGAGGGUUCGAUUGAUAUAGAGACAGACUGCCGGACACGCAACACACUCCGCUCUCUUGACCAAGUAUGCACCAUGCAAGUGCUGGCCUUUCUAGUCUCGUUCACCGGGCUAGCGACCAUCGCGGUGGUUCUGCGCUUGUGGACUCGGCAGCGUCUGCGGAGUGCGGGGUGGGAUGAUCUGCUGAUUGUGGUAGCUUUGGCCGCCAACCUCGUCCUCUUCUCCUGCAGAGUCGUAGAGAUCCAACACGGCCUCGGCCACCCCAGCGAAACCGUCCCUGCCUCCGCCCUUCAAACCCAACUCAAAGCACUAUACCUCUCCCUGCCCUUCUACCACCUCACCCUCCUCGCCAGCAAACUCUCCGCCCUGGCCCUGUACACCCGGCUCUUCCGACUCCGCCGCGUCCUCCUCGCAAGCUACAGCCUCGCCGGCCUCAUGUGCGUAGCCGGAACAUGGAUGGUCCUCAGCGCAAUCCUCUUCUGCCUGCCCGUGCGCGACUUCUGGUCGGGCACCACCCCUCAGCCUCGAUGCCUGCCGAAAAAAGCGGUGUGGCUGAGCAACGGCGCCAUCCAGAUCGCGACGCACGUGGUCGUGCUGGCCAUCCCGCUGGUCGUGAUCCCGAAGCUGACGCUGCGGCGAAGGGUGAAGGCGGGGUUGUUCCUGUUGUUCGGGUUGGGAUUGGUGGUGGUCGUAAUCAGCAUCGUCCAGCUGAUCACGGUGAUUGAGAUCUUGACGCGAGGCCGGGGGGAUUUAUCGCACAAAUCCCGCACCACCGCCCUCCUCGCCAGCGCCGAGGCCAGCGCCUCCAUCCUCUGCGCCUGCAUGCCCCCGCUCUACCCGCUCUUCAGCCGGGCGUGUUCGCGGUGUCUGUCUCUCGUCAAUGCGGGGGCCGGGGGGCAGGGGGCAGCGGCGCAACACGGCCCGAAGAGUACGGUGAGCAUCCAUCUGACGCGGCCGGUGAUUGAGACCCCGGUGUUCUUCGAUGGGUUCCGUGUCGGGGGUGGGAGUUAUUCGGCUAGUGUUGAGGUUGUGGGUUCCGGGGAGCGGGAGCGGGAGCGGGAAUUGGAGCGGGAAUUGGAGCAGGGGGUUUCGGUGGUGAGGACUGUGGAUGUUGUUUCUGAUUCUGGGGAGUACUUGGCGGAUCGGGGGGAGAAGGGACACGGACACAAGGGAUGGGGAAGGUGGUGAGUUUUGAGGAGUGAAGCGUGAAGGACGCCUGGACUGUGCAGUAAUUUACUGUAUAUUUGUCUGGAGGAUGUGGCGUGGGGAUACCUUGGAUUUAGAAUUCUUACAAGUGUAUAUAGAUUUAGAUACCAUGCUGAGAGUUCAGUUCAGUUGUCAUCGGACGUUUUGUAGGAGAUCGAAGGAG